AUGGAAGCCAGGUUCGUCACCUGCCGAAGCUUUCAGCAGAUCAAGCCGCCCGAGAAAAGCUUAGCGCCGCCACCGACCGUCAAGGGGCUGCUGUCUCGCUUCGGGAGUCAAGCUCAGGCCUUAUUCGCGCCGAAAAAGCCGAGAUUCGGUUCAUCUGUUGCUAUACACAAGUUACGUGAAUCUAAGUGGUUCAAACAUGAGGAGCAGAAUAUCUUAUGUGCAGUUCUGGAAUCUGGAUUCGUUUUGGAAGUCCGAGCUGAAGACCCUUUGCCGCCUGACUCAACAUUGUCCCCUGACUACCAUAUGUACGCCAUUGCCAUGUGGAAGAAGGGUAAAGAAAAAACAAAGAACCCGGAACAGAUAGAGGUGUACACAGUGCAACAAAAGGGUGUGCGCAAACGUAUUAUCAAGACUACUUUGGGUGCUUUCUGGAAGAAAGAUUCUGUCAUACGUAUCAACAACGUAGAUGACAAGCAAGAGACUCCUAACAGUGAAAAAGACAUCAGGGCGAAGCUCGACAUGGCUACUAAAUCCAGAUUUGAAAGGAAUUGGCAUAAUACACUGCACUUCGUCCACUGGUGCCGGUAUGGAGAGACUCCCCAAGAGGCUCGCAUGAGACAGAUAAGCGAAUCUCUAAAAUGGGGUAACAUCGGCAUGAACAUGGGCGUGAUGUUAGUCAGCCAAACUAAUGGGCGCGCUAAAGCAAAGUCCGUU